ACCGUUAGUCGCUGCCAUCGGCUCGUUACUGCAACAUGUGCAAGGGUUGGGGCUUCACCAUUGGAUUUGUAGCGCUCUGCGCAUUUAUCUGUUGCUUUGGUGCGCUCCACAUGCUCAACCAGAUUGUCCACAUCGAUGAGGAGGCGGCAUUAGCUGGAGAAUUUCAACUGGCAACGCUUGCAAGCGCUCGCUGUCAUCGCACAUUUAUUGUGAACAGUGGAGCAGUGGAGGAUGCGCAUCUCACCUGGCUGGAGCUCUUCUACAUGAAAUGGACUCUGGUGCUGACCAUAUUCUACACGUUCAUGGUCAUGUUACUCAUACGUGCCCAGUAUAUGAGUCACUUUGAUAUCAAUUUCACUACCUCGAAUGCGAUGAUGCUCGUUGGCGGCCUCCUAUCCGUCGUCCUGGUCAUAGCCACUGUCAUUCUGCACGAGCGGCUGCCAUUCGGGGAGAUGUGGUGCAAUGAGUUUAUCGUUGGAUUCAUGUACUUCAUAGCCAUCAAUAUAGGCAUUGCCGUCGUCUUCUUCCUGAUCCACUCCUGUCAAUAUCACUUUCAUUUGGAUCAGCGCGACUUCUAGUUAUGCAGUUGCUAGAAUCGAAAGUACUUUAGCAUUAUUAUUAUUAUAUAUAUAUAUAUAUGUAUUCCCUCGAUCUGUAUUGAGAUACAUUGAGGCACUCAUCACAGCUUCCAGUUAUAAUUUAGUCUUAUCUUUGAGCUGACUUUAUUUUUAUUUUGCUAGUUCUUUCAGGCAUUGUUGAAAUAUUUUUAAUUUUAUUAUAACCUAGUAAUUUGUUCUUAUUUUUUUAAUUAAGCAUUUUCAAUUUGGUUUAGUUCUAACAGUGUUUGACAGUAAAAGGGCAUUAUUAAAAACUUCGUACAAAUAAAUAUCAAAAUUGAUAUAAAAAUUGUUGCAUUCACUUUGCGGCAAAUGCAGAUUUAAUCU